UCUCAUGCAUCUCUCUUCUUUGUCAACAAACAGCAACGACCACGACAAAGAGGCAGAUAUAGCUAGAGACACGUAGAGAGAGAGGGAGGCUAGCAGAGACUGGUGCAGACUAGUACAGACUAGCAGGGAGAUCCAUCCAUGUCCCUCUCAGACAGGCAGCGGGACGACCUCAACAGAGCCAUCCUGCAAUACCUAGACACCCACAACCUGCAUGCUGCCUCAUCCGCGCUCAAGCAAGACCUCCAGCUCGACCCAUCCUCCCUUCCGCUCGACGACAAGUACAACGGCCUCCUAGAGAAGAAGUGGACCAGUGUCAUUCGCCUACAGAAGAAAAUCCUCGUCCUCGAACAGACACUUGCUGAACUGCGCGACAGUAUACCCAGCUACACCUCUGCCAGCGCAGCGCUUCAUCCCUCAAAGCAAGACUUGACUGCCUGGAUACCGCGUGCGCCUGCGCGGCAUGCAUUGAGUGGUCAUCAAGCGCCCAUCACAGGUGUUGCCUUUCAUCCCAUCUUCAGCGUCCUUGCAACAGCCUCUGAAGACUGUACCCUCAAGAUAUGGGAUUUCGAGACGGGUGACUUUGAGAGAACGCUCAAGUCACAUACAAAGGCAGUCACCUGUAUUGACUUCUCACCCGCAUGGACAAAAGGCGAUGGUGAAUCUGCCAUCCUCCUUGCAAGCGCGUCUAAUGAUCUCACCAUCAAACUAUGGGAUCCAGAAAACGCAUAUACCUGCAUACGGACACUCCAUGGACAUGAUCAUGUUGUCAGCAGUGUCAAAUUCAUACACGGUCAACCGCAUCACCUAGCAUCUGCCUCACGCGAUCGCUCUAUUCGUAUCUGGGAUGUACAGAGUGGCUUUUGCAUACGGACAUUGAGUCAAGCGCACACCGACUGGAUUCGUCAAAUCGCACCGAGUCUCACUGGGGAUGGAUCACUCAUGACUGCUAGCAGCGAUGGCGCUGCGAAAUGGUUGGAUGGCACGUCAGGUGAAUGUAGAAUGACCUUUUCAGGACACGGUCACGUUGUUGAAUGCUGCAGCUGGGCACCGAAACGCGCGCUCAAAGCGUGUUGUGAACUCGCUGGCCAAGCGUAUCGUGCAUCCGAUCAGCCAGUCUUUUGUGCGACUGGAUCACGCGAUAAACUCAUCAAAAUCUGGGAUGGUCGGUCUGGUCGGUGUAUCGCAACCCUUGCAGGUCAUGAUAAUUGGAUUCGUGCGGUUGUAUGGCAUCCAGAUGGUCGAUACGUCUUGACGGCCAGUGAUGAUAAAGCCAUCAAAGUAUGGGAUCUAGCGGCUGGUGGACGGUGUUGUCGGACCAUCACCGAGGCGCAUGGGCAUUUUGUGAGUUGUUUGGCAUGGGGUUUAUCCAAGGAUCAGGCAAGUUACGAACAACAAGAGAGUUCAGAAGCAGCGAAUACGGGCAAGGGACGGUAUGUCCUUGCGAGUGGCGGAGUCGACCAAAUGGUCAAAGUAUGGAUGCCUUGAACCAAAGACACCCUGAAUUUGACCCAUGUACAGAGCAUCACGCAC